GGCGGGGAGUAAGGGGUGGCUCCGGAUAUGUUGCACCGUGAGAACCAUCUACACGCUCGCUGAGGCCGGCUGGUUGGGAAGCUACAGACAGGAAGAAGAAAAGUUGAUUGCAGAGAACCAUAAUUUGAACCACAAUGGAACAAGCAGUUGGCAAGCCAAUCAGAGACCGAGGGGCACAGAUGCUUCUGACAGAGGAUAUUCCCAAAGCGAAGAAGUGUACAGUGAUUGGAGGCUCUGGGUUCCUGGGACAGCACAUGGUGGAGCAGUUGCUGGCAAGAGGCUACACUGUCAAUGUCUUCGAUAUUCGCCAAGGGUUUGACAAUCCUCGUGUGCACUUCUUUUUGGGUGACCUCUGCAGCCAACAGGACCUGUACCCAGCUCUAAAAGGUGUAAGCACAGUUUUCCACUGUGCAUCCCCGCCACCAUCCAGUAACAACAAGGAGCUCUUUUAUAGAGUGAAUUUCACUGGCACCAAGAAUGUCAUUGAAACCUGCAAAAAGGCUGGGGUUCAGAAACUCAUUUUAACCAGCAGUGCCAGUGUCAUCUUCGAGGGCACCGACAUUAAAAAUGGAACUGAAGACCUCCCUUAUGCCAUGAAACCCAUUGAUUACUACACAGAGACUAAGAUCUUACAGGAGAAAGCAGUGUUAGAUGCCAAUGAUCCUGAGAAGAAUUUCUUCACCAUAGCCAUCCGACCUCAUGGCAUUUUUGGUCCAAGGGAUCCCCAGCUGGUCCCCAUCCUCAUUGAGGCGGCCAAGAAGGGCAAGAUGAAAUUCAUGAUUGGAAAUGGGGAGAACCUGGUGGACUUCACCUUCGUGGAGAACGUGGUUCAUGGACACAUCCUGGCCGCAGAGCGCCUCUCUCACGAUACAGCCCUGGGUGGGAAGGCAUUUCACAUCACCAACGAUGAACCCAUCCCUUUCUGGACGUUCCUGUCUCGUAUCCUCACAGGCCUCAAUUAUGAGGCUCCCAAGUAUCACAUUCCCUACUGGGUGGCCUACUACCUGGCCCUCCUGGUAUCUCUUUUGGUAAUGGUGGUCAGUCCUGUCAUCCAACUCCACCCCACUUUCACACCGAUGCGGGUCGCACUGGCUGGCACAUUCCACUACUACAGCUGUGAGAAAGCCAAAAAGGUCAUGGGCUACCAGCCUGUGGUCACCCUGGAUGCUGCCGUGGAAAGGACUGUACAGAGUUUCCACCACCUGCGGAAGGUCAAGUGAGGCACCCUGGAGACCAGGCUAUUUCACCACAUGUCCUCACCUGUAACUGAUGAUAGCUUUCAAUCAGGUUUCUUUUGAGCUUACUCCCUUCCUGCUAGCUAGAGGAAAGCAUGUCCUGUCCCUUCCAUGACUGUGAGAGUGACAAGAACAGGAAGCACUGGCUUCCUAUUUCUUAAAACAGAAAGCCUCCUGUUCUGUUCUGUCCUCUCUUUCUCCCCCUGUACUGGCCCACAUUCCUUGCCACAAAGACCAUCCUGAACUCACCUAUUUCAUUCCAGUGUCCUUUUACAUGGUCCAGGAAGCUAUGGGAAAGAAACAACUCAUUUGCUGAUGAAGGAUAUGAGACCAUACUAUUUCAAUGUGAACCAAUAGCAGAGUGAAUUUCACCAGGCUCUGUUCAAGGGACUACAGCUUAACAAUAACCUGGAAGCGAAGCAAAAGUGGUAGAUGCUGGCUAAGAUUUCCGUUGGAGAUGUGUCAUGUGAUCACAGCAUAAAUGACUACUCAUUAAUCCCUGAGGGGAAGGAACACCCGUGGUUUUUCGCCCCCUACUGUGCAUUCAAGGUCUCUUUCAGGGACAGUUUCAGUACCUGUCUACUUUUCCAGGAAACAUUUCCUUUAUAAGUAGUGUUCUGUCAUCAUUUUUAUGGUAAGAUGGUGAUCUGGCCCAGCAAUGUGACAUACAUGUAAGCUGUUAGCUCCUCCCUAGUGGUGGAAAUCAGCCUAGGAGCCACUGAGCCAGAGAGAAGAGGCUCCUUCAUCUCCUUGGAGUUUUGACAGAACUCUUCACGUUCAUUUCCAAAGAGCAGCCAUUUUUUAAAAAAUCAGUUUCUUCUAUAUUCUGGUCAUAUUCUGCUUAUAGAACCUGGUUUCUUGUCAGACUAAUGGAAAUUAAUCAUAUUAAAGAAUUGUAAUUUCUUUCUUUGUGUUUGUCCCAAUGUAGGGAAAUGUGUAGGAAGAAUAAAGGGAAGAUAUACAAACCAUGCA